AAAACAUUAACAUCUCAAUUUGCAAUAAUAACCAACAACGGUUUGCUAAAGGUGGGGGACCCUAUAUAAUAUAACCAGUCCUCAGCAGCACUUUGAAGCCAUCGCUAUCAUGAAAUUCUCUAUUGUGUUUUGUAUUUUUCUAGUGGGGCUGGUUGCCGUCACAUAUGGAUCUCCGGCAAAAGGUUCCACCAAAGCUUCUUUGAAGAAGAAGCCUUGCAUGAAGGAUUGUGGUGAUAACUACAAACCUGUGUGUGCGGGAGAUGGAAAAGACAAACCGAGAAGUUAUGGAAGCGAAUGUGUAUUGUCCAACUUUAACUGCGAAAGUGGAAAUGAUUAUAAAAUUAUUAGUCAGGGAGAAUGUCCCGGAGGCGGCGGUGUCCGUUUGCAGUAAAUUUCAUGCACACUAUUAAAUCACAAUAUUUUAUUGCAUAUGUAUCUGUAUCCCAUGCUAUCUGUAUUAUUAAAUGCUAUUAAAUAUUUAUACGUACUUUA